AUGGCGGCUCUUCGACUCAUACUGCUGACUUUAGGCACGACAGCCACCAUCGCCAGUGCUGAUAACCUGAAGCCCUGCUUGCAAGAAGCUGUAGCAGGCAGCGGCCGAGUUGCGUUCGCCGGAGAUCUUUUCUACCAGGCCGUAGAUGUUGAAAUCUACAACCUUGACAUUCCCGUCACCCCCGCAGCAUAUCUGCCAUUGUCAAGUGCGCCGCGAUACCCCGUCCAAGCCAAGAGUGGAGGCCAUAGCUACGGCAACUACGGCCUAGGUGGAGUCGACGGCGCCGUCGUCGUCGACAUGAAAGAAUUCCAGCAAUUCUCCAUGAACACCACGAACUGGCAAGCGACAAUCGGCAGCGGCACACUUCUGACAGACGUGACCACGCGCCUCCACAACGCCGGCGGCCGCGCGAUGUCGCACGGCACAUCCCCCCAGAUCGGCUCCGGCGGCCACUUCACGAUCGGCGGACUAGGCCCAACAGCCCGGCAAUUCGGCAUGGCACUAGACCACGUCCUGGAAGCCCAAGUAGUGCUAGCGAACGGCAGCAUCAUCUCAGCAUCCGAAACGCAAAACGCAGACGUAUUCUGGGCGAUCAAAGGCGCGGGAUCGGGCUUCGGGAUCGUCACGGAGUUCACGGUGCGCACGGAGCCCUCGCCCGGCACCGCAGUGCAAUACGAGUUCAGUCUGAAGAUCGGAUCGAGCGCGGCGCGCGCCGCGUUGUUCAAACAGUGGCAAGCCUACGUCUCCGAUCCAGCCCUAACGUGGAAACUUGCAUCAACGCUCACGCUGGCGAUCGACAGCGUGAUUAUAUCCGGCACGUACUUCGGCACGAAAGAGGAGUACGACGAGCUGGAUAUUGGGUCCCAGUUCCCUGGUGCGAAUGGGACGGCUGUCGUCUUUGAAGACUGGCUCGGGCUGGUGGGCGAGUGGGCGGAAGAAGUUGCCUUGGAAUUGGGGGGUGGGGUCCCGGCUCAUUUCUAUUCGAAGUCUACUGCAUUGACGUAUGAGACGCUGAUGAGAAGCGAGACGGUUGACCGGUUCUUUGAAUAUGUGGAUAAUAUGGCCCAGGGCACGUUGUUGUGGUUUCUUAUCUUUGAUUUUGAGGGCGGCUAUACGAAUACCGUUGCGUCUGAUGCUACAUCCUAUGCGCAUCGGGAUGCGCUUAUUUGGCUGCAGACCUACUCUAUUAACUUGCUCGGGGAUGUGACUCAGACGCAGGUUGAUUUCUUGGAUGGGGUCAACCAGAUCGUUACCAGUGAUGAGGCCCCAUAUGCUGCUUACCCUGGAUAUGUUGAUCCUCGUUUGUCCAAUGGAGCUGAGGCGUACUGGGGUGAUAACUUGCCCCGGUUACAGCGGAUCAAGGGGGAUAUUGAUCCCAAUAAUGUGUUUCGCAACCCACAGAGCCCUUUGCCUUCCCAAUGA